UUCCCUUUGCUUAAUUGCUUUACAGACAUUCUUGUAAUGUUACACAAUAGGAGAGGGAGGGAGAAAAAGAAAGAGCUGUGACUGUGUCGUGUGUAUCUCAAACCCUGUGCUAGAGAAGGAGAGAAGGAAUAAGCAAGCUGGUUUGACCAGAAACAGAACUGCCUAUGACAGAUUAAGAGACAAGCAAGGCUUGGAAUCCGAGAGCAAGCAGAGUGGAAAUUUACUGCGGCUCUCUGAGUGUUCAAGUGAUCGCUUUCUGCUAACGUUUCCCGGUGGUAACUGUUAGUCCUCAGAGUCAGAAAGUCAGGGCAGAAUCGUGCAGUCUGUUCUCCACCAUCCUUGAGUUGGAGGGGGCAUCCUUUACUACAUGGAAGAUAAAGGCUACUUCAUCUAAAGUGCUUUGAACCCCAGAAAAGAACUGUCUUCAGCACUUCACCAUGGCUCUGCUUUUUGUUGCUUAGACAAGCCAGGGAGUUUCUACAGCCCUUGCAUUCCAUAUUGGAAGAAGCAAUUUUUAUACAUGAAAAAAAUGCCUUUGUUUAGUAAAUCACACAAAAAUCCAGCAGAAAUUGUGAAAAUUUUGAAAGACAACUUGGCCAUUUUGGAAAAGCAAGACAAAAAGUCAGACAAGGCUUCAGAAGAAGUGUCAAAAUCCCUGCAAGCAAUGAAGGAAAUUCUGUGUGGCACUAAUGACAAGGAGCCCCCGACAGAAGCAGUGGCCCAGCUGGCACAGGAGCUCUACAGCAGUGGACUGCUGGUGACGCUGAUAGCUGACCUGCAGCUCAUAGACUUUGAGGGAAAAAAGGAUGUGACCCAGAUAUUCAACAACAUCCUGAGAAGACAGAUCGGUACCCGGUGUCCCACUGUGGAGUACAUCAGUUCUCACCCUCACAUCCUGUCUAUGCUUCUCAAAGGCUAUGAAGCCCCACAGAUUGCCUUACGCUGUGGGAUUAUGCUAAGAGAAUGCAUUCGACAUGAACCGCUUGCCAAAAUCAUCCUCUUUUCUAAUCAGUUCAGAGAUUUCUUCAAGUAUGUGGAGCUGUCCACAUUUGAUAUCGCAUCAGAUGCCUUUGCUACUUUCAAGGAUUUGUUAACCAGACAUAAAGUGUUGGUAGCAGAGUUCUUAGAGCAAAAUUAUGACGCUAUUUUUGAAGACUAUGAGAAACUGCUGCUGUCUGAGAACUACGUGACAAAGAGACAAUCUUUAAAGCUGCUAGGUGAGCUGAUCCUGGACCGCCACAAUUUCGCCAUUAUGACCAAGUACAUCAGCAAGCCAGAGAACCUGAAGCUGACGAUGAACCUGCUGCGAGACAAAAGCCCCAACAUCCAGUUUGAAGCCUUCCAUGUCUUUAAGGUGUUUGUGGCCAGCCCCCACAAGACGCAGCCUAUUGUGGAGAUUCUGUUAAAAAACCAGCCCAAACUCAUUGAGUUUCUGAGCAGCUUCCAGAAAGAAAGGACAGAUGAUGAGCAGUUCGCUGACGAAAAGAACUACCUGAUUAAACAGAUUCGAGACUUGAAGAAAGCAGCCCCGUGAAGGUGGCUCCCACCCUGACAGCCGUUUGUCUUCCUUGCCCACUGUGUGCAGUGUUGUUUCAAAGUCUCCGUCCUUGGGAAGGCUUUGGAAGCCCUGUGUUUCUCAAUUGAUUGUUCAAGGUAGAUGGAAUAUAAACAUUUGAGUGGAAAAAAAAUCAACCUACAGUAAUACAUUCAUUU